UGUAGAGUUAGGCGGUGAGCACAUUCCCUCUUUGCCUACUAUUCGCUUCAUAACUGGGAUAACACGCGUAGCCGAAGUUUUUUUGCGGAAGUAUCUACAAACAGUCUUUUUCCAUCGAGAGGACAAGCACAUUUCCGAAGAAAUGUCACGGAAGAAGGCACACAAGAACAAAACUGGCACCGCCAGCCCAAGCACCGGAACCCCAAACGGCAAAGAGGGCGGCCGAAGCGGGAAAGCCCUUGUGCCCGUGGUCCAGGCGGGCGGAGUGGUCCACCCCAGCCGCCCUGCCUUCAGCAAUAGCAGCGAGUUCUACGACAUUGCUUUCAAGGUGAUGUUGGUGGGGGACUCUGGCGUGGGGAAGACGUGCCUGCUGGUGCGCUUCAAGGACGGAGCCUUCCUGGCCGGCAGCUUCAUCUCCACUGUAGGCAUCGACUUCAGAAAUAAAGUGCUGGAUAUUGACGGGGUUAAAGUGAAGCUGCAGAUCUGGGACACAGCUGGCCAGGAGCGCUUUAGGAGUGUUACUCAUGCCUACUACCGCGAUGCUCACGCCCUGCUGCUUUUAUAUGACGUCACCAACAAGGCAUCCUUCACCAACAUCCAGGCCUGGCUGACUGAGAUCCAUGAGUAUGCCCAGAAGGAUGUGGUGGUGAUGCUGAUUGGAAACAAGGCUGACUCGACACAGGAGAGGGUGGUGAAACGCGAGGAGGGCGAGAAACUGGCCAAGGAGUUUGGCGUACCCUUCAUGGAAGCCAGCGCACGCUCCGGCCUGAACGUGGAGCUGGCCUUCACCGCCAUUGCAAAGGAGCUGAAACACCGGAGCAUGAAGGACCCUGACGAGCCGCGCUUCCAGCUGCAGGAGUACGUCAACAGAGAGAUGAGGACCGCAGGCUGCUGCAGGACCUAAACGCGGGACCAACCAGAGGCUCAUCUAAACCACUCUGUGUGUGUGUGUGUGUGUGUGUGUGUGUGUGUGUGUGUGUGUGUGUGUGUGUGUGUGUG